AUGAAUGAAUCAUCCUUUCAUCAACGAGGACAUCAAGUCCCAAGAGCUGAUAAUUCCUCAUAUUCAUCCCGACAAAUCACCACCAUCAUGAUGAACAAGAAGACUCUAAUUUUUUUCAUCAUGAUGAUGAUGAUCUUCGUAUUGAAUUUUGUGGAGGAGGAAAUUCAAUUAGUUUCUUCGCUUAACAUUCCAUUCAACGGAAUUUCUAAUGAUUUAAAACAUUUCAUACAACAAGAACAUCAAUCAUUCCGUUACCCCAACUACAAUGAUAAUAAUAAUAAUAAUAACAAUGAUGAUUGGAAAGAACGAAUGGCACAGGCUCAACUCUUAGCCACUCCCUCCGAACCCAACGAUCCCAAUUAUCUUCCAUCCAUUUCCAAUGGUUAUAUUGGAACGGUCAUUGAUAGUGCCGAUGUCUUUAUGGGUGGAGUGUAUGUGGGACAGCAAGUCAUUCUCGAUCAAUUGAUUGGUUUUCAUUCGAGAAGAGCCCGAAUUCCAUCCAUGAUGAACAUUCAUGUCAAGUUGAAUGAAAGUGAAAUGGAUGGAACGGUUACAUUGAAAGGAGUUGGAUCAGCAUUGGAUAUGGAACGGGCCAUGUAUUUGAGAAGAUUUGUUGGAAUUUCUACAGAACUGGAGGAUUUAAAAGUCGAGCAACGAUAUUAUGCUCAUCGUGUGUUUCGAUCAUUGCUGGUACAUCAAUUAGAUGUCGAUAAUAGGAAUGGAAGAAAUAAUGUUCAGAUUGGACUCAUGCAAGUGGUGACACCACCAAGUAAGGAUAUUUCAUUUAGUGAGGUGAAAUGUCCAAUUUCAUGGCCGAAUAUCAUGUGUCAAGUUGGAGAGCUCGUUGAAUUGGAGACACCAGAAUCGGAACGUGUGAAAGUUGCAUUUGUGACAUCGAUAAUUUCAUCUUCUUUGCCUAUACAGGUAAAGGCAAAUUCGAGAAGCAUUUUCACACAUAUCACUGCCAUUCGAUCGACGAUUGAUUCUGUGGAUCCUCUGUUAGAAGCAGCAACAGAUUUUAUGAAAGGAAUUUCAAUGGACCCACAAGAAUUAAUGAAUAAUCACACUCGAGAAUGGGCCGAAUUGUGGAAGAGUGGAAUUGAGUUAGGUGGAAAUGUCUCACUGGCUGCAAUGGUCAAUAGCACAUUGUAUUACAUGUUAAGUGCUACACGGAAGGAUUAUCAUUGGGGAAUAUCACCUGGAGGAGUUGCAACUAAUUCAUAUAAUGGGCUCAUGUUUUGGGAUCAAGAAUGCUUUGUAUUACCUUCCCUCGUUUACUUGUAUCCAGAGUUGGCUCAUGGUCUCAUUGAGUACAGAUUUGAGAGACUUCAGCAAGCCCUACACCAUGCUCAAAGAUAUGGUUAUGCUGGUGCCAUGUAUCCUUUCCAAUCAGGAUACAGUGGAAGAGAAGUAGAUUUAAUUGCACUAUUUAAUGAAUUGGAACAGCACAUCACAGGAGACAUUGCUUUUGCUCUUCAAUUGUAUUGGCAAUUGACCAAAGAUUUGAAUUGGCUUUCCACACGUGGCUAUCCAAUUGCUUCUGAAAUUGCAAAAUUCUGGGCAAGUCGUGUCACUCGAAACACGUUUGGACUCUACGAGAUUCAUAGAGUGGUUGGACCGGAUGAAUUUGGAAUUGGUUUUCCAUGGUACAGUGGUGUGGAUAAUAAUGUCUUUACCAAUGCUGUUGCUCAAAUUUCACUUCGAUUUGCAAAUAAGGCAGCACGUGCUCUUGGAAAGCAAGACACUCCAUUAUUUGAUGCAAUUGCAAAUAACAUGACCAUUCUGUUCGAUGAAGUCAAUCAGAUUCAUCCAGAAUAUGAUGGCUUUCCAAAGGGAAAUAUUUAUUUCAUGGAGUAUGUCAAACAAGCAGAUGUCGUCUUGCUAGGAUAUCCUCUCAUGUUCCCAAUGCCACCCCAUGUCAGAUACAAUGACAUUCGAUAUUAUGAAAAAUAUAUGUGGUCAGAAGGACCUGCAAUGACCUAUUCCAUGCACACGAUAACCUAUUUGGAUUUGAAAAAUUAUUCAUUGGCUGGAGAAGCCUUCAGAAGAUCUCUUCUUAAUAUUCAUCCUCCAUUUAACAUCAUUUCAGAGACACCAGAUCCUUAUAAACAUUUUCUAGAUAUGGGAUCUUUUAACUUUUUAACUGGAGCAGGUGGAUUUUUACAGAGUGUUCAAAAUGGUUAUGGAGGUUUAAAAGCCUACGAUGAUUACUUGUUACUAAAUCCACAACCAUUCACUCAACUCAAUGUGACAACAAUGAAAUUACGAGGCGUACAUUAUGUAGGAGGAAAAUUUGAUUUAUGGUUUGAUGGAACAAAGGCAACCAUUACAGUGUCACAAUUACCAACCCAUCGAUCCUCCUUCACCAUUGAAGAUUCUUUUGGAUCUAAGAAGCAAAUUGUUGUGAAUCAACAAGUUUCCUUUAUUCCUCCAGCAAAGAUUUUUUAA